AUGUCCAGCGCCGUCUCCCAGGAUGACUCUUCCGUGCGGGCGCGUGCUGUUCAUGUCAACUCCGACAGGGACGUACCGCUCAUUACUCCUGUCGACAAGCUCGGCAUAGACGCCAGCGGUCGCUCUACCCCUUUGCCCGAUGAUGCUCCCCCCUCGGCGCGUUCGAUCUCGACAGCUCGCAAGCAAGUUCGGGCUCGGAAUCGCCUGUUCUACACCAUUAACUAUAUGCCCCGCGUCUCCCACUUCGACCCUGAUAGUGACUACCAUAACUUUCGUGGAUUUUUUAUUCUCUUCUGGAUCUCCCUGUUCAUCAUGGUGGUCACCACUGCGCUGCGCAACAUCAAAGAUACGGGGUAUCCGUUGAGGGUGCGGGUGUGGAGUCUCUUGAGCGCCAAUGUUGUAGAGCUGGGGCUAAGUGACUUCGCUAUGGUGGCGACCUCCGCUCUUGUUCUCCCCAUGCAAAAAGUCUUCCGCAACGGACCCCGGUGGCUGCGCUGGGCGCGUGGAGGAAUUAUCGUGCAAAGCGUUGCUGAAGCAGUCUGGCUGGGCGUUUGGAUCAACUGGCCGUUCGCACGCCUAUGGACCUGGACGGCCCAAGUCUUCUUCACCCUGCAUCUUCUGACUAUCCUUAUGAAAUUGCAUUCUUAUGCCUUCUACAACGGCCACCUCAGCGUGACUGAGCGUCGGCUGGCAGAUCUGGACAAGGCGGGUGAUUCGAGCGAUGUAGUUCCUAUCCCCCCUGGCGCUGUGCAUUACCCAGAGCCAAACCGCCACCGGCCUCCUGUGAAGCGAACGCACGACGAUGACAAGAGCUCGGCUCAAUCCUUGCUUCGCCUGCGGGAAGAUUUGGCGACUGAGCUCACUUCUCCGCUUGGCAACAUCUCGUAUCCCCAGAACUUGAAUAUCAGCAACUAUGUUGAUUUCCUCUUCUGUCCAACUCUCUGCUAUGAGCUCGAGUACCCACGUCGCCCUGAUCGCCGUUGGAUGGAGAUCUUGUGGAAGUCGCUAGGUGUUUUCGGCUGUAUCUUCUUGCUCACCCUGACAAGCGAGGAGUUCAUUGUCCCGGUGUUGAGUGAGGCCAAUAGCCAGCUGCAAUCUCUCACUAACCUUGCCGACAAGGCUCUUGUUUUGGCGGAGACCAUCAGCAUGCUCCUGUUUCCCUUCAUGGUGACAUUCUUGCUUGUGUUCCUUGUUAUCUUUGAGUAUGUCCUCGGGGCGUUUGCUGAGCUGACUAGGUUUGCUGAUCGCCAUUUCUACGCUGACUGGUGGAAUUCAUGUGAUUGGCUCGAAUUUUCUCGAGAGUGGAACGUCCCGGUCCACCAUUUCCUCUUCCGCCAUGUCUACUUUCCCUCUCGCUCUAACUUCUCACAGCCCGUGGCGAUGUUCAUCACCUUCGUGGUCAGUGCCAUCUUCCACGAGGUCGUGAUGAGCUGUAUCACCAAGAAGCUCCGUGGAUACGGUUUCGUGGCGAUGAUGCUACAGUUACCAAUUGUGGCUGUGCAAAAGUCUCGCUUCUUCAAGGGACGAACUACUCUCAAUAACGUCUUCUUCUGGUUCUCCAUGAUCCUAGGCCUGUCAAUGGGGUGUGCAGAUGUGUGUAUUGUAUGUCUUGGUUUGAGUUACUAUCAGUAG